CAAGGCGUGGGCUGCUCCACGCUCUACAAUCUAGUGGACGAGGUGGCCGAAGAGAUGAACGGCGAUGGGGCGAACGAAGCACCUAUCUCCAAUACACCUCAGGGUACUUGCUCCCCGUCUCUGGAUGAUGUGGACAGCAAGAUGUAUGAUUCUGUUGACAGCAGCAUGAGCACGUCCAAAUACACUUCCGAGAACUACAGAAGAGCCGUCGGGGCGAGCUACGUGCUCACCAUGGGGGUGUCAGGUAUAGUGCUGGUGGCACUCGCGUCCUCUCUGAGAGACCUGGCGUCAGCUCUCGACAAGACAUCGGUCGAGAUUGGCGCUGUCUUUCUUACGAGGGGGCUUGGGGCAGGGCUCGGCAACAUCGUUUCGCCCAAGCUGUACAAGUGGGCAAGAGGCAAGAUCACCAUCUCCGUGAUGCUGUUCCUCCUGGCCGCGAACCUCCUCCUGGUUCCCCUCGCGAAUACGGUGGGCUCGCUGCACCUUAACUUCCUCUCCCUGGGCUUCCUCACGGCGAUCGUCGACGCCGGCUGCCAGUUGAUGACGCGCCGCCUCCACGGAAGUGCGGCGGGACCGUGGCUGGGAGCCAACACGGUGUCCUUCGGACUGAGCGGGGCUUUCUCUCCCCUCAUUGGUUGGCUGACGGGGUCGCUGGUCGUGGAGUACGCUAUCCUUGCUACCGUGGCCUUCUUGAUCGGCUGCUUCCUUGUCGUGCUGCCGAGCCCGGACGUGGAGCCGGCGCCCCACGAGGAGGUAAUCCAGGUGACCCCCAUCAAGCUCCCGGAAGGGUGGUCAAAGCCUAAAGCGUUCUACGAGGCGAACAAGAUAGACUUCCACCUGUGCAGCAUUAUGUUCUGGUUCAUGGGCGGGAGGAUGGCGGCGACAGCUUUCCUGCGUCAGUUCGCGGACAACGCCUCCGGCGCUUCCCGACGGACGCUGCUGAUCGUGUGCCUCUGGCUGGCCAUCACCCUCGGCCGCGUCUUGGGCCUGAGGGACCAGCUGACGCUCACGCUGGCGCGGCUGUACCGGCACGCCGCCGUGCUCUGCAUCGGCGGCGCGGGGGCCAUGUUCGUGCUGCUCGUGUCCAGCCGCAGCACGGCCAUGCUCUGGGUGACGGUGCUGGCCUUCGGGCUGUUCAACGGCCCCGUGCUCGGGUACGGGUACGACCUGAGUACCCGCGUCUCCCCCAACCCGGCCACCAGCUCGACCAUCGCCGAGUUCGGCAUUACGGCGGGUGCAAGGUGA